AAAAAAGACCCUGCAAGCAAUACGUUCUCAAAGAAAGUAGCUUUUCAGAAAAAGAAAAAAAAAAUAUCGCCUGAAAUGACUCGCAGGACGCGUAUGAUCACAUGUGACAUACGUGACUUUUGUCAAGCUGAUGACGCUAAUAAUUGAUGACCACCAUGAGCUGUCGCCAUGAGCGGCAGCCAAUGAAGGAAGUGUUCGAGUGCGGCGACGCUCUCGGAUGAUAGGUAGUAUAUAGGAGACAGGAUGAAGGCGGGGUCUUGAAUCCCUGCAGCAGGAGGUGAGUGACAGCACGGAGAAGGCAUCGACGUACUAGUGCAGGGACAGACUUGUAUCAACAUAUAAAAAAAAAAAUAAAUAAAUAAAAUAAAUAAAAUAAAAUAAAAUAAAAGCUGUGAUACUGCGUUGCUGCAGUCAACGCGGAAUGGCUCACCUGCUGCGAGAGGUUCUGGCUGAGCCCGAGGUGUUGCGUGGCCUGGCCCAGAACGCGGCCGGCUUCAGGUUUCCCAGAGGGGCGGUAGUCACGGUGACGGCUGAGCACUGGCGGCCAUAUACUAUCGUGGCUCCGGGAGGGGAAGGUUGCCAGAGGGUGUCAGGACCCAUGGGAGCCAUACUCGCUGUUCUUGCUCACACACUCAACUUCACGUGCAGGGUGGUGUCGCCGCCAGAUGCUGUUUGGGGUUCCCAGCUGCCUAAUGGUUCCUGGACGGGCAUGAUAGGCCAGGUGGUCCGCCAGGAAGUCGACCUCGGUCUCGGCCCAUUUGGAAUGAUCUACAGCAGGACAAAAGCCGUGGAUUUUUCUACACUUAUUUGUUUCGAAGCUCCAUCGAUUCUAUCCAGGAAGGGCACCCCUGAAAUCAACCCGUGGGGGUUCCUGUUCCCACUGACGGGGACAGUGUGGGGUACGGUGGCGGCGGCCCUGGCGGUGGUGUGGCUGGCCACACUGCUGGUGGGGCGCCGACCUGGAGCCUCUGUUUCCCUGACCUGGACAGGAGAAGUGUUUCUGCAGAACGUGCGGGUCUUCCUUAACCAAGGUCUGACGGGCGUUGUGCUUGGACAAGGCGGGGUGGUAAUGUUGGGGUCGUGGGUGGUGGUGGCGGCCGUGGUGUUCUGGAGCUACACGGGCAACCUCACCUCCUUACUGGCGGUGAGAUACAUUCCACAACCCAUCCAGACUCUGAGGAGUCUACUUGACGAUCCUUCCGUGACUGUCAUCAAGAUUCCUAUGACUUAUUUUGUGGAAAGAAUAUCGAAAAUGGAAUCAGGAGAGUUCCGAGAACUACACGACCUGGAUAAAGUGGGUCGUGGGAUUUACGAGGCUUCAGAUUUACAUUCAAUGGUUGAAAAUUACGUGCGUCAUGGAGGCUACUCCCUCAUAGAUUCUACCUUUUCUCUUGAUCUCCUGAUGGCUGACAGCUUCCUCAAAACAAAAACGUGUGACUUCUACAAGUCAAGACAGAUGAUGUUCUCUACUUGGAACCACGUGAUCGUGGAAAAAGGCAAUCCCUUGUUGCCAGCCGUCGACCACAGGAUAAGAGCGAUUGUGGAAUCCGGGUUGUUUGAGCACUGGAUGAACAACGAACUCCAUGCAUACCGCAGCAACUGCCAAUUCUCGCCCUCCAUCAUCUUGGUGAGGGAGCCGCUGUCCCUCGCCAACCUCUGGGGGUUGUUCUUAGUGCUCGGGACAGGAAUGCUGUUGGCAGCGAAUGUCUUCUGUCUGGAGCUGAGCGUUCCCCCGAAGCCAACAAGCAAACCAUGAAGAAGCCGUGUAGUUCAACUUGUCCUCCUCGUCCGAGGUGAUGCACCAGCCUGCAGCCUCCACACUUGGCAGUGUUUGGCGCGCACUCCUGUCAUUUCAUCACGUUACUUCGUGCUUACAUUAAUCUUCUCUUCUCAAUAGUCACAUAUUCUCUUUAAAGUUGCAAGCAAAUGUCAGAUAAUCGUUGUCUUGCCUUGGUGACUGGAUAUGAGUUCCGCCCAGCGGUCAACUGCCGAUGUUAGUUGUCAUGACCAUUGUGUACGUUGAAUACGUUGAAUUACGUUAAAUAAAAUAUUCUUCGAGAUACAAUAAUCUAUUUAAAUGUUGAUAUGAUGCAAAAGAGUUGAAUACCAAGGAGUGUUGCAGUGAGACGGAGACUGGUUUCAGUACAGAGGAAGAAAGACGUGCCAGUGCCACUGGGUACCACGUACCUGUAUUCACAAGUGUAAACCUUAGCAUCAUAUUGAAGAGUAAGCACAAACGCGGAAGGAUAUAAUUCUCAGUACAUUUGCAGAUGUAAUUUUAUGUAUUACAAAAUUAUUUGAUAGGUUUGAUCACAAAAUAUAUGUUCAACGAUGAAAUAAUUAAAUUACCUUCAGUA